GCCAAUACUUUCUUUCUUCAACUAUGAGUUGUCUAGUAAGAGCCAAAAUCCUCUUCAUCAAGCAAGACACCAUCGCACGACAACCCCUUAAAGUUUAAGAUCAUAUUAAAUAAAUCAUGCGUUCUAUUAAACAUAAAGUACAUUCAUCAGUGCGAGGCAAAAUACCUGAGCCAGAUGAUUUGGCCGUUUAUCCAACUCAACAGCCAACUACAGCUCGUACACUUAUAGACGUACUAGAUGCGUCCAUCUUAUCCCACCCCCACGAGGCGUCCAUCGACAAUGGUAAGAUUCUCCUAAGUUAUGAAGACUUAGCAGGACAGAUAUCAGAACGGAAGGAGGUUUUGUGGAAAUCAGGAAUUGGGGCUGGUGACAGAGUGGGUAUUCGAGUGAGCUCAGGCACUACAGACCUCUACGUGAGCAUCCUCUCUGUACUGGCAAUUGGUGCUGCCUAUGUACCUGUAGAUAUCGAUGACCCAGAGGAAAGAGCACAGCUCAUAUGGGCUGAGGCUGAAGUACGUGCGAUAUUCACUGAUGAGGGUACGUUGACCCCCUAUCAAACACACACCUCGAAAAUUCAUUGCAAUCCUGCGAAGCGCCGACCAAAUCCAUCUGAUGAUGCUUGGAUCAUCUUCACCUCAGGGUCGACAGGCAGACCGAAAGGUGUAGCUGUCACACAUCGUAGUGCAGCGGCAUUCGUGGACGCGGAAGCUCAAUUGUUUGCAUCUGGUAAGCUAGCACCUUUGCAGCCUGGCGACCGUGUGCUUGCGGGACUAUCGGUAGCAUUCGAUGCUUCGUGUGAAGAAAUGUGGCUGGCUUGGAGACAUGGUGCUUGCCUGGUACCAGCGCCGCGCGCCUUGGUAAAGGCCGGUGCUGAUCUUGGAGCGUUUCUAACAGAGCAGCGAAUAUCUGUUGUCUCGACGGUGCCAACUCUCGCUACUCUUUGGCCCACGAAGGCCUUAUGUGAUGUCAGACUGCUUAUCAUGGGAGGUGAAGCAUGCCCUCCAGAGCUUGCUUGUAGGAUGGCUGAGAGCGUCGCGCCGGGAGGAGAGGUGUGGAACACAUACGGCCCUACCGAAGCUACGGUUGUGGCUUGCGCCGCUCUUCUGACUUCUACACCGAAGCAGACUAUGCGUAUUGGUCUUCCACUUGUCGGUUGGAAAUUAGCUGUUCUGGGCCCUGAUGAUCGGCCAGUGCGUUGGGGUGAGAUUGGUGAGCUGGUAAUUGGUGGAGCUGGAGUAGCACGUUACCUGGACACCAGUAAUGAUGCGAUCAAAUUCGCGCCUCUGUGCAUUUUCAGUCGAGACGAGAAGGAAGAACGUUGUUAUCGCACUGGAGAUCUUGUACGAGCGGAUCCAGAAGGUCUUGUUUUUGUUGGACGCAACGAUGAGCAGAUAAAACUCGGAGGACGGCGCAUUGAGCUGGGCGAAAUUGAUUCUGCACUGAUGACACUUCCCGGCGUCGAAGCAGCUGCAAGCGCAGUACGCCGAAGUGAAACGGGCCACCAGGUGCUUGUCGGCUAUAUUGUUCGAAACGGCGCUGCUAACUCAACUAUUGACCGAAAAAUGCUCUUGGAAAAGCUACCUGCCACGCAAGUGCCAAUGCUUGUUGCAGUGAACAAUCUGCCUGUGCGUACCUCCGGCAAGAUUGACCGCAAUGCUUUACCGUGGCCUCCGCCACCCCAAUUCAAUGCCGAUUCACUACCACCCGGGAUAAUAAGGAUAGUUUCUGAGCAAUGGCAACGGAUUCUCGGUGUCCCAGUCACAAGCGCAGAUGCAAAUUUCUUCGAUAUGGGUGGGAACAGCCUGGGCGUAGCACAGCUUGUAUCCCAGCUACGGCAGCAAUUUCCUUCGCUCUCUGUUUCUGAUGUUUAUGAGAACCACACACUCGCAGAGAUGGCUGCGCGGAUAGAAGUGCUUGCAGGUAUCAAGCGAAAUGAUCGCGUGGUUUUACCGACUCCUCGGCGGGCGGGAUAUGUUCAGUUUCCGAUUGUGCUCGCAUUGUUCACCUUGGAAGGUCUGCGGUGGCUUAUUCUUAUGGCAUUGUUAGGCAAAGCCAUUGCGUUCGGCACUGGCCCGUCACUAUGGACGAAUGAUUCUCUCGACUUCCCAUGGUGGCAGAUCUUUUUAGGGUGGCUUGCCUUGGUAAGCAUACCUGGUAGAGUCAUCAUGUCAGCGGUAGCCGUGAGGCUAAUUACUGCUGGCAUGUCGCCUGGCCAAUAUCGUCGAGGUGGGUCAAUCCAUCUGAGAUUAUGGGCCGCGGAACGACUAGUAACUCUCAACCAUAUCAAUUCUAUUGCCGGUACACACUGGAGUCGACGAUACGCAAGGCUUCUUGGAUAUCAGGUCGGACGUGAUGUACAGUUACAUUCCCUUCCACCUGUAACAGGCCUGGCUACCUUUGGGGCGACAUGUGCAAUAGAGCCAGAGGUGGAUUUGGCUGGCUGGUGGCUUGAUGGAGAUGUACUGCAUGUCGGAUUAAUAUCCAUCGGCGAAGGAGCAAGAGUUGGUGCACGUUCGACCAUCAUGCCUAACACGGUAAUUAAGCCGUUCGCAAAUGUUCAGCCUGGAUUGUGUGUGAGUGGAACGGUCUAUAAAAGUAGCCCCCAAGGCGGGGCUUUUGAUCUUGAAUCCAAGUAUCCGGUCGGAAGUGGAGAGAAUUUCUGGACCCAGCUAAGAUACACGCUCUCACUGUUUCUAUUAGAAACUAUACCAGUGAUAGCUGCCGCGCCUGCUGUUACAGCGGGUUCAUUGAUCGUUCGCUCUGCUACAAAAAAUUAUCCGAAUGCCAUUGUAGAAAUCUUCGUAACUGCUUGGCCGGUCACUUUGGUCGGGAUGCUUUGCUACGCGAGCGUCAUCGUCGCGCUGGUUCGUCUUGCAAGUCGGUAUCUCCAGCCGGGGCUUCAUUCAUGGCACAGUACUGCAGCAUGGGCAGCGUGGCUAACACAUUGCCUUAUGUGGGAAGCUCGCAUCGUACUGUUCCCACUAUAUGCGAGCAUACUGACCCCAACCUGGUUGAGUCUUUUGGGCGCUGAUGUUGGCGGGCAUACAGAAGCAUCGACUGUCUUAACACCCCCAUCACUGCUUCACGUCGGUGAUGAAUCUUUCAUAGCUGAUGAUGUCUUGAUCGCACCAUACGAGUUGUGCGCAGGUUAUCUUCGACUAGGUACUUCCUCGAUUGGCACAAGGGCAUUUGUCGGUAAUUCUGCCAUUGUCAAACUGGAGCACGCAGUACAGAAUGGCGGGUUGAUUGGCGUGCUAGGUACAGCACCUGCCCCAGCCCAGAUGGAUCCAGGUUCAUCGUGGCUUGGACGGCCGACAUUCCCGCUCCCACGCAAAGCUGAAGAACUUCUAGACCAGAGCCGGACAUUCAAUCCAACUCUUCAGCUGAAAAUAGCUAGGUCAUUGGUUGAAAUAUGGAGGCUUCUUCCGUUGGUCUGCUCUCUCAUUCUUGCGCGAUUCGCCAUACUCGGCAUGACUAAAACUUCGGAUAUUUUGGGCUUCCGCUGGGCAGUAGCCGCAAGUGGUGUACUUCUAAUGACUGCGGGGGUAGUUGCUUGUGCCCUUGCAUCGGCUGCUAGGUGGAUCUUGACACCUAAAAUUAAACCCGAAGGAAAGCAUCCGCUGUGGAGCUCGUUUGUUUGGAGGAAUGAAUUGGCCGACACGUUUGUUGAGUCGCUCGCCGUCCCUUGGCUAGCAAAGAUGUGUUACGGUACUCCGAUGCUGUUAGUAUGGCUACGGACACUGGGAGCAAGUAUUGGUACAGGUGUAUGGUGUGAGACUCACAAACUGUCAGAAGCAGAGUUGGUUCAUAUCGGAGAUGGCGCCACAAUUAACAGAGGCUCUGUACUCCAAACUCAUCUCUUCCAUGACCGUCUGAUGCGCCUGGACAUUGUCGACUUACAACCUGGAGCCACUCUUGGUCCGUAUUCAGUAUCUUUGCCGGGCACAGUCGUUGGAUCUGUUACGACUAUUGGUCCCUCUUCUUUGGUAAUGCGGGGUGAGAAAAUUCCACCAGCUACUCGCUGGCUCGGGAAUCCCAUUCGACCGUGGGUACAGGAUGAUAUUGUGCGUGGAAAAACGUGACCUGUGUAUGGGUCACUUGACAAGAAUAUUUAGUAUUUAUAGUUCCUCCUUCUGUAGACUGAAAAUGGAAUCGAAUUUACUCCCUCUUACUUUGA